CUCCGCCUAUUGGCUGAAAGAUCUGUCAGUGACAGUAGUCCAUAUUUUCGGCCGGGACAGUAACACGGCCAGCAGUGAAAGUGAGAAAUAACUCCGUAAACUGGGAUAAUUGUGAUCACUUGGACUGAUGAGCGAAUAAAAACACAUAUGAAGGGCAGCAGGAUGAAUGUGGAGACUCUCAGUAAAGCUGAACUUCUGAUGCUGCUCAGCAUUCUGGAAGGAGAACUGGAAGCGCAGGAUGUAGUCAUACACUCACUCAGGGCACAACAGAGAGAUUCAUUUGUUCAGGAGCGAUAUGGACAGUAUGACCUCCGUGACCCCUUCGUAGCGCUGCUGAGGGACAGCGAGCUGUCGCAGGCUCAGGAUGAUGGAGGGCAGAGUCCCGUGUGUCUGAACCCGCUGGGCGUGUUGAAGCUAGUGAUGGCCCACUGCACCAAUAUGAAGGAGAAAAUGAUGAAACAGCUCGCCGCUGCAGAGAGGAGACAUCGACGGGUAAUAGCUGAUUUAGAAGAAGAGAAACGACGACGUGCUCAAGACGCUGCUGCGGGUGAUGACAUCACUGCCAUGCUGGAGAGGGAACGAGACAGACUACUGCAACAGCUGGAGUUUGAGAAGGCUCAAGUACAGAGUUUAGAACGUGAGAGGUCAGUUCUGUCAAAUCAAGCUGAGGAAGAUUUAGCACAGCAGCAGCAGUUAUCCUCGACACUGGCUAAAGAAUGUCAGAAGGCUACAGCACGGGCAGAGGAGGAGAGCCAGCGUGUUGCAGACCUCAGCCGCCAACUGGAACAGGAGAGCAGUACCAUCGAAAUCCUAAAGCGAGAGCUUGAAAACGAACACGCUCGUGCUCAGCAGAUAGAGGCGAGAGCUGAGAAAAAGCUGGCUGAAUUUGAUACCGAGCACGAGCAGAUGAGAGGGAAACUACUGAAGGAAGAAAAACGAUAUCAAGAGCUUUUGGAGCAGUUCAAUAGUCUAAAGAAAGAGUUGGAUGAAAUGAAAGAAAGAGAAAAGGCAAGGCUGGAAAAGGAUAAUGAAGAAAAGGACAAAAUCCCACAAAAAGCAACUUCAGGUAUCAUGCCUCCUCUUAGUCAAACAGAAGUUGAUGGCAAACCUGUUGGAUCUAAAUCAUCUCCUCAACACAAACAAAAUGGUCAACACACUCCCAGAGAACCAGAGUCUCCAGCAGAAGAGAGGUGUAAGGAAGGGGGAUUGGCGGACAAUGGGAUAAUGCUCCCUGGAGGAAGUGGGGCAUUACAGUGUCUCUCCCCCAGCAGUCCUGCCUCAUCCUCUCUUAGCUCAUCUCCUUGCUCUUCCCCUGUAUUGACCAAGCGUCUGGCCUCUAUAGGUUGCUCUAGUCCGACCUAUCCCUCUUCUUACCAGGCCAGCAUCAACCAACGAUUCCAAGCAGCACGCCAUAAGUUUCAGCAACAAGCUGAGGUAGACCAGCAACACGGAGGAGCUGUUGUCCAUUCGCCCCGAGACCUCUCUCCUACUGCCGCCACUCCUGCCACUCCUCCUCCAGACAAUUCUACUGCAAAGCAGAUUGCCCGCAACACUGUCACUCAGGUGCUGUCACGGUUCACGAGCCAACAAACAGCAAGUAAACUCCCUCCGUCCAACAGCUCACCCUUUGGCACUGAUUACCGCAACCUGGCUGCUGCCUCCUCGCCCACAGGGAAGAGCCCAGGGAUUCUCUCUCCAGGGAUCCGGUCACCAAUAAUUCCUAGGACGGAGAAGAUUCAUCCACCUCCUGUUCCCCCCAAAAAGCAGGGGGUCAACCAGUCUCCUAACUCACCGGUUCCUUCUGGCAGGGCCAGCCACUUCCCCGAGCUCUCUGGGAGCUGUGGUCUCACCAGUGGUCAGGAAGAUGCUAAAGAGCUUGACUUGGUCAUGUCGUCAUCUAGUUAACCAGCCUAGAGUCCACAACCGAUCCUUAGCCUUUUUCACUCCAUUCCCUCCCGUGGCAUCUAAAGCACUCUCUGUGAACCUCAAGGUUGACUUCUUUGAUUAUUUUCACCCUGAUUGUGUGAGUUAUAGUUGUUGAUUCUUAUCCUCAAGUACCCCAUUUUGGAUGUCUCCUUUAUCUUACACAGUUCAGGCCUUGUAACCUCUACUAAUGAGCUGAUGUGUUAAAUAGGAAAGACAUCCAGAUUGUUCAGUGCUAUGAUACUCCAAGGCUGAGAACCAUUGGUCUUGUACAGGGGUAGCCAACCCUGAUAAUGGAGAGCUACAAUUCCUGCAGAAUUUUGCUCUAACUUUAAUCCAUCACACCUAAACCAUCUUAGAAUUACUUGAAGAUUUAAAGGCAGGUUGUUUUGGAGCAGGGUUGGAACUGAACUUUUCAGGAAGGAAGCAAAAGGGUUUCUCUCUAGAAGCAGGUUUGGCUACCCCAGUCUAGUGUACCUUCCCCCAACCUAAGGGUGUCCAACUGUGCUUUUGGAGGGUCCUCCCUAAUUAAACACCUGAACCAGUUAAUUGAGGCCUUCAGAAUUGCGAGAAAGGUCCAGGUGGGUGUGUUGGAGCAUGUUUGAGGUAAACUCCAUACAAAGGUGGUCCUCCAGGAGCAGGAUUAAACUUUCCUGCUUUAUCCACACUGGACUGGUCUCUCAGAUGUGCGCUCAGAGGUGAUGCCCCACUGAAAACCUUUGGUAUCCCAGAACAAACCUUUAAUCUGAGCCUAACCCAUCCAAACUGUCAAAUUUUGAAAGGAAACUGUCAACUUAACCAACCUAUCAAAUACUGCUCCUAUAAGAUUAAAUCUAUUUAAAUGCUUUUUAAACUCCCUUUUUAAUAUUUUAUUGUUUUUAUUUUUACAAGAAAGAUUUUUAUUUAUAUUAAUAAUGUUAUUUGUUAUUAGUCCAUUCCUGAUGACCUGCACAGAUAAAAACUGAAGUAUAUAAAGUAAAAAUAUGUUAUGAAAUCAAGCAAAUGCAAUACUGAUUAACCAAGUCUUCAAUUAAUCUGUCAGUCUUGUGCUACUAAUGAGAAAAUUCUCAAUCUGUCUUGAUGUGUCUGGUGAAUGUGUGAUGUUUAAUAUUAAGUUUAUGGUAAAAUGUAUAAACCGUUGGCUUUCUGUUGAGCGGUCAUAUGAUAUGAUGUGCAGGUGCUGUUCUUGAGUCAAAGUCGAAAUUAACUACUGGAGAUACUUUGAAGAACUGAUAUGAAGCGGUCAUGGAAAACCUCUGUCCUACUGUAUUGCACCAUGACUACAUCGUCCUCUAGUGUCAAUCUGAAGUGCUGCUCAGGAAGCUGCCGUCUGGUGGUGUUAAAAACCAGCCAAACCAGAAUACAUUCUCUAUAAAUGAGGGUUAAAAUGCUUGUCUAUAUGCCACACAUAUUCUCAGACAUUGUUAAAAUGAUUGUAAACAAUAUUUAGAAUCAAGUCAAAAUGUUCUAUGAAUGCAUUUCUGGAUCUAAUAACAUGCCUUGAUAUAUAUUACUCCAUCAUUGCUCUUAAUAUUAUGUUUAUACUGGGCAGCCUUGUAUUUAAAAAUUGAAUCUUAAUUGAAUACUUGGUAGAAACCAUAGCACCAGUUUACAUGAUUAACAACCAUGGUAAAAGCACAAAUGAGUUAAUGUCAUCAUUUAAUGACGUUUUUUUCUUACCUGCGUCCUCUUUUGACCUUUAAAUUUUAUAUGAAAAUAGAAAUUAUUUUGUGUGUGUAAAAAUUUUGAUGCAUGAAGGUAUUGCUCACGUGAAUGCAGCAUACAGUCUUAACUUGCUUAGGAGAAAAAUUAUGCUGUUUUUAUAAGUAAAUGUGAUGCAUGCAUCUAUCUUCCUAGGUUUCAGCUGCUCUAUGGUCAUUUACUUUUCUGUUUUUAAAUACCUCACCAUUUCUCCUACUGUAUUGAAACCUUUUCAAAUAGCAGUUUAGAUUUUUUUACUACUGGAAUGUCUUUUGUUUGUUUUUUUGCUUCCGAAACUGAACCAGAAAUUUUAUAUUUCUACCUGGGACUUGCAAAGACCAGUUUCUGAAUUUUUAGUUAUUUGUAUGAAAAUACAGUUUGUUAAAUUAGUUGCAUUUUUCCAGAUGAUUUUUACAGCUUGUUAGGUGAAUUUAUGACUGUACUUUUCCCUUAGCUAAUAAAAGGUUUUUUGAAGUUUACUCGGUUUUUUAUAUAUAUAUAUAUAUACACACACAAUCGACAUUGAUUAUCGUUAAUAUAUGUCAACCUGAGAACAUCACUACAAAUAAAAAAGUAGAAUCUGCACAGACUUAAGCUACAAAUACAACAGUUGAUUUACAAAGUAAAAGUUCAGCAGUAACCAUAUAGUCAUUUUGGUGCCAUUUACUGUGAGUAGACGUUACUUUUGCAUGAUUUAAAAUCUGAAAAAAUAAAUGUUAUGAGAGACAGAGAAUAUGCUAGUUUACAUGAUGGGUGUAUGUUACAGAGAAUCUUUGAUGGAACAUUAAAGACAAACAAGACUAAGUUCAAUGUGAAAACAGUGUGGCAGAAACAUGCAACUGCAACACUGAUGGAGCCCUCAGUACUCAGUAGUACAGAGACUCAGAUUUACUGUGUGGGUUUUGUUUUUGUCGCACAACAGACUGUGGAUACCCCAAAUACAUCACAAAUAUCUGUAACAGACAGUCUGAACCACUAUAUCUGAAAACAAUUCAACUGGUG